AGGAGGUGCUGGGGAGUUUGAGUCACUGGGAGUAGAUAAGAAAAGUUAGAAAGUUUUUUUUAAGGUCAUGUGAGAAAAGAUUCUCCCUCAACCUUCGCGUCGCUUCUCCGAUUACGCACGGCGUCUCCAAAAGAUGGAUGCGGUGCGCCCUGAGCGCAGCGCCGCGCAGCUGCUCCGUUUUCUCCUCAUCCUCUCCGGACCCUGCAUGACGGCUGCCUGGGACCUGGUGCUGCUGCACACCAACGACGUGCACGCCCGGAUAGAGGAGACCAGCGUGCACUCCGGGAAGUGUAGCGGCGGCAGCGGCGGCUGCUACGGCGGGGUGGCGCGGAGAGCCACGGCCAUCCAAAACGUGCGGCGCGCCGAGAGCAACGUGCUGCUGCUGGACGCCGGGGAUCAGUUCCAGGGAACAGUCUGGUUCAACUUCUACAAAGGAGCGGAGGCUGCGCACUUCAUGAACAUGCUGCAAUAUGACGCCAUGGCUUUUGGCAACCAUGAGUUUGAUAAUGAAGUAGAAGGACUCAUGAAACCGUUUCUGGAAAAGAUCAAUUGCACCAUCCUGAGUGCAAACAUCAAAACAGACUCAACUCUGAGCUCCACGUUUGGCACAUCAUUUGUACCAUAUAAGAUCUUCACUUUUGGUGCUGAGAAGGUGGGAGUGGUGGGAUACACCUCAAAGGAAACACCCACUUUAUCCAGGCCUGGACCACGUUUGCACUUUGAGGAUGAGGUGAGCGCUCUGCAGCUGCAAGUGGACAAACUUCAAACUCUGGGGGUUAAUAAGAUUAUUGCUCUAGGCCACUCUGGCUUUAGAGUGGACAAGGAGAUCGCUGAGAAGGUCCGUGGAGUGGACGUGGUCAUCGGGGGACACACCAACACUUUCCUUUAUACCGGAACUGCCCCUUCAACUGAGCCCCAAGUCGGUUCUUAUCCAUUCAUGGUGAGAUCUCUAGAUGGACGUCAAGUUCCUGUUGUUCAAGCCUACGCCUAUGGAAAGUAUCUGGGUCAACUCAAAGUGACCUUUGAUGAGAAAGGGAAUGUGAUCAGGUCCAGUGGAAACCCCAUCUUGCUGGACAGCAGCAUCGAACAAGAUCCAAAGGUGCUCAGGGUUGUGGAGGAGUGGAAGAAGAAUCUGGCCAAUUACUCAUCUCAGAUAGUGGGGAAGACUCUGGUGUUCUUGAACGGAUCGGCAGAGGCAUGCCGCUUUCAAGAAUGCAACCUUGGAAACCUCAUCUGUGACGCCAUGGUUGAUAACAACAUCAGGUUCUCAGGUGACAGUCAGUGGAACCAUGUCAGCGCCAGUAUAUUUAAUGGAGGUGGAAUCCGGACGUCUAUAGAUGAACAAACUCGAAAUGGUUCAAUUACCACGGAGGACCUGAUCUCCGUCUUACCUUUUGGGGGAACCUUCGACCUGGUGGAGCUUUCUGGUUCAACGCUGAAAAAAGUCUUUGAGUAUUCAGUGAGGCGCUACGGCCAAAGAGCCGGAGAAUUCCUGCAGGUGUCAGGAUUUCACAUAGAGUUCGACCCCUCUAAAGAACCAGGAAAUCGCUUGAGAAGCCUUAAAAUCCUUUGCACCCACUGCCGGGUUCCAGCGUACGAACCAGUUCAGGACAGCAUGGACUAUAGAGUGGUGAUGCCAUCCUACCUAGUGAGUGGAGGAGAUGGAUUUAGCAUGAUCCCAGAAGAGAUGAAAAAACAUGACAGUGGUGAUCUGGAUCUUUCUGUUGUGUCAAACUACAUCUCUCAGAGACAAAGAGUUUAUCCUCGGAUAGAGGGACGCAUUAAAGUCUGGAGUUCAGCUCCUGGGCUUCAGGGACCUGCAGUUCCACUGAUCUUACUGGCUUUGCUCUGGAGUUUUUAUGGAAUCAUGUGAGGCCUUGAAAGUUCAAAAUGAAAUCCUCUUAGACGAAAAUAUGACCUUUAUUAAUGAUUCUUAAUGCAGUGAUUUUAACCCUUAGUAGUCUCUGCACCACCAAUGCAUACGCCAAUCCCACCAGCCGUUUUCAAUGAUGUAGGAAUGACACCAUUAGUAUUUUUUUAUUCAAAAUAUAUCGGAAAGAUUAAAAAAUGCUAUUAGCUUGAACUUUUUGGUUAAAACAAACAGAAAAAGAUGUUAUGACACAUUGAGGCCCCUUGGAAGGCGGCAAACUGCUCUGCCCAGUGGCACAAAUAAAUACUGUAAAUAGUUUGUUUCGCUUAUUUAUGAUUUAUUGCAGUAAAAAAAGGGGACACGUUCAGAAUUGUUGCUGUUUGGUAGACAGUUUCAUGUGUUAUUGUGGAGUUAUUGUGUAAAUUAAUUCAAAAAUAUAUAUAAAUCAGAGAGGUUUUGCUUUUAUUAAAAAAACAUUUCCAGGCAUUGCCACAAGAAACCGUUUUUCAAACAAAAUGUAAUGUUGUAAAAAAAAUUCAGAAAAGCCCUAGACUACUAAGGGUUAAAUAACCUCUUCCAUCCGUUUGUUUUUUAAAACCAAAGAAACCAAUCAAGAUGUGAUUUCUCCAAGAUCCUCAUUUAGCAGCUUUUAGAGAUUUAAAUGAAUAAAAUCUUUUAUGUUCUGAUGAAGGUUGGAAACAUGGCAACAUGGCAUUGAUCAUUUUUCUUUGUUACUUUUAAUAAAGUUUUUCUUUUUGCCGAUAAAACUAAUUAUUUCUGGAAAACAUUCUGCCAAUCUUUGUAGUUUUAUUUAAAUAUUAUUUUGUAAAUCCUAUUUUGACAAACUGAACAUAUUUUUAUGUGCAACAAAUUAAAAGUCUAAUCAAAAAACG